AUGGUUCGAACAUAUGUAAGAAAAACUGAUAGGGGGUCAAAGUACUCCCGUGAAGACUUGCAAAAAGCACUCCAAGAUAUUAACUCUGGAACAUCCACUUUGAGAGGUGCUUCAAAGAAAUUUAAAAUACCUGAAGCAACUCUCCGACACCACCGUAAUGGCUUAAGAGGUAAAAGUAUUACUUUGGGGAGAGAAACAGUAAUCCCACGUCAUGAGGAAGAAAAAUUAGCCCAGGGCCUAAAAGUGAUGGAACGUUGGGGUUGGGGCCUUAGUAGGAAAGAGUUGCUAGAGGUGGUAGGGGAGUACGUAAAACAUAACAAAAUCCGCAAUCCAUUUAAAAAUGGAGUACCUGGUGAGGAUUGGUUUUUAGGAUUUAAAAAACGUCACCGAUUGUCUGUUAAACAGCCACAAAGCCUGGAAUAUGCUAGGAAGAAGUGUACAGACCCAUUUAUAAUUGGACAUUAUUUCAAACUGUUAAAGAGCACAUUGGUCGAUUUGAAACUAGAAAACAAGCCGGGCCAAAUCUUUAACAUAGACGAGACCAAUUUUUCUCUUGACCCGUCUAAAACCAAAGUAGUCGGAGAAGUAAACCGUCCUUCGUCAAGAAUCACUAGUGGGCCAGGGAGAGAAAAUACGACUGUAUUACUCGGCGGCAAUGCUGCAGGAGAAAAGCUCCCUCCUCUCAUAGUAUUUAAGGGAAAAGCAGUAUGGGACUCGUGGUUGGCCCCAGAAAGUGAGGCGUUUCCAGGGACUUCAUACGCUUCUUCAAAGAACGGUUGGAUGGAAACGGAGAUUUUCGCCAACUAUUUCAAGAAUGUUUUCUUAAACAAAUGUGGAACAGAGAGGCCAGUAGUACUGCUUUAUGAUGGACAUACAACCCAUCUUGAUAUAAAAGUGGUUGAACUGGCAAUUUCCAACAAUGUUGUUAUACUUAAACUACCCGCGCACACUAGUCACUUGCUACAACCAAUGGAUCUUACAGUCUUCAAAGGUUUGAAAAGCAAAUGGGACGCGAAACUUGUUGCUUGGCAACGCAAACAUGUUGGGGUGAAAAUUCCAAAAAGAAUAUUCUCCGUCCUCAUUGGAGAAGUGUGGAGCAGUACACAGGCGACAAUCUUGCAAAGUGGGUUAAAAAAAGCGGGUAUUUACCCAUAUGACUGUAAUGUAAUACCAAAUGACAAAUACGAUCCUGACAUGUUACGAAGAUAUCAACUACACGAAGCCGAAGCUCAAGGCCUACACAAAGCCGAAGCUCAAGGCCUUACAGAAAGUCCUCCCGACCCCACUGACACCAGCGUACUGACACCCGACGUAGAACAUCCGAUGCAAGGUGCAUCUUGUUCAUCUAGUACACCAAGUCAACCUGGCAACCUCAAUCAACCUUCUCAAGUGCAGCCUCUCUUGUCUCCGAAUGCCUCAUUUGAAGAAGUUUUAUUAAAGACUGUAAAACAAAAUGUUGUUGAAGUCAUGAAAAGGAAGAAGGUAUCAAGUUCAGAGGCUGAGGUUAUUACAAGCGAAGAAGUGGCAAUGAGACUCAAAAACAUGAAAAAAGAAGAAAGACAGGCUUAUCAGUGUCUGGCUUCCCGCAGCGAUAACGCAUGCGAUGGCACACGCCGCCUUAGUGAAUCAGUCAGUCGUGGUCUACGACUGGAUGAUAACACUUCUGCAAACCAGGUCCACUUGGCGAGGGGGUAA